AUGGGAAAAGAAAAGACUCACAUUAAUGUCGUCGUCAUCGGUCAUGUAGACUCUGGAAAAUCUACCACAACUGGUCAUCUGAUCUUCAAAUGCGGAGGCAUCGACAAGCGUGCUAUUGAAAAGUUCGAAAAGGAAGCCAACGAAAUGGGAAAAGGAUCCUUCAAAUACGCCUGGGUUUUGGACAAGCUCAAGGCUGAGCGUGAACGUGGUAUCACCAUCGAUAUUGCUCUUUGGAAGUUUGAUACCCCCAAAUAUAACGUUACUGUCAUCGAUGCUCCCGGACAUCGCGACUUUAUCAAGAAUAUGAUCACUGGUACCUCUCAGGCAGAUUGCGCCAUUCUCAUCAUUGCCUCUGGUCCUGGUGAGUUUGAGGCUGGUAUUUCAAAAGACGGACAGACAAACGAGCAUGCUCUUCUUGCCUAUACCCUCGGCGUUAAACAGAUGGUUGUUGCAAUCAACAAAAUGGACACUUGCGACUGGUCUGAGAGCCGUUUCAAUGAAAUCAAAGGAGAAGUGGGCAAGUUUAUCAAGAAAGUCGGCUACAAUCCUGAAUCUAUUGCUAUGGUUCCCAUCUCUGGAUGGCACGGUGAUAAUAUGAUGGAAAAAUCUACUAAAAUGCCCUGGUACCAAGGAUUCCAAGUGCAACGCCUUGUUCCCGGAACCAAAGAGUCGGUCACAAAGAAAGGAGUCACUCUUCUCGAUGCUAUCGAUUGCAUUGAUCCACCAAGCCGUCCAACUGAGAAGCCACUUCGUCUUCCUCUUCAAGAUGUCUACAAAAUCGGAGGUAUCGGAACUGUUCCAGUCGGUCGUGUUGAAACAGGUAUCAUCAGACCCGGUAUGGUUGUCAGCUUUGCUCCAUCUGGUGUCUCUACCGAAGUUAAGUCGGUUGAAAUGCACCAUGAAUCUCUUACUGAGGGUCUCCCUGGAGACAAUGUUGGCUUCAACGUCAAGAACGUUACUGUCAAAGAUAUUAGACGUGGAAAUGUUGCCUCUGAUUCAAAGAAUGAUCCCGCUAGAGAAUCUGCUUCCUUUACUGCCCAAGUCAUCAUUAUGAAUCAUCCUGGUGAAAUUGUUGCUGGAUACACCCCAGUGCUUGACUGUCACACCGCCCAUAUUGCUUGCAAGUUUGUUGAGCUGAAUGAUAAGCUUGACCGUCGCACUGGAAAGAGUGUUGAGAUCAACCCCAAGUCUGUCAAGUCUGGUGACGCCGCUAUUGUCAAGCUUGUCCCAACUAAGCCAAUGUGUGUCGAGUCAUUCACUGAAUACCCGCCCCUUGGUCGUUUUGCUGUUCGUGAUAUGAAGCAAACUGUCGCAGUUGGUGUUGUCAAAGCUGUUGAAAAGACCGAUCCUAAGAAGCCCGGUGCUGCUGGAAAGGCCGCCGCUCCUGCCAAGAAGAAGUAA